AAAUCCCCAAUUUAUACUCACAAAACCAAAAUGGCUCGUCUCCUCUCACAAACCCUAAUUCGAUCAUCAAACCCCUUCCAAUCAUUCAAAUUAGGCAUAAUCCACCACAACCGAUUCGCAACACAAUCAGGAAAACAUCAAUUGAUCGAAGUAGAUCUCGAAUCCGACACCGAAGUUGAAGUUCUAGGGUUACGAAAGCUCGAAGACGCCAUUCAUAAUAUAAUUGUGCGUCAAUCGGCACCGGAUUGGCUUCCGUUUGUUCCUGGAUCGUCUUAUUGGGUGCCUCCUCGUCGUCACCGGCAUGAUUCCAAGGGGAUUGUUAGCUUGCUCAGGAAGUUUUCGAAGCCGUUGACGGAUGAGGAGUCGUUGGCGGUUUCUUCGUCUCGUGGUUGGCCUUCUAGUUCUUAUUUUAUUGAAGGCACAUCUACCAUUCAUCCAGUCCCCAUUGAGAUGGAACCAGAGGUUGUUCAUAGCAAUGAAGAGAAUACUUCUGAUGAUAAAAAUGAGGAAGGAUGAACCCACACCCACCACAAGUCCUAAUCUUGGUGAGUUCCUGUUGUGGAUAUUUAUGGAAUGACGAAAAUGCCCUUGUGGUUUGAAGAAGAUGAAGCAAAAGUUUGUACAGCUGAGCCUUAUUGCAUGGGGGCUGAGGUAGCUGACUCUUGUUUCUUCUCAACUUAAUUUAGGGCCUAGGGAUCACCAAUUCAUGUUCUAUGUAUGUAUGUAUGUAUGAAUGUUAACAUAUCCUCCUCAUAAGCUGCAAGGUUCUCUUAGCUACUUUUUAAAUAAAAAGUAAUGUCAUAUUAGCGCACAUACUCUUAUUGCA